CCCCUAGCCCCGCCCCCGCUGCCCCCCGCUCUUCCGCCGGGCCGCGGGCUGCGCGCACGCGCGGGGCUGGCCGCGAGGGUGACCGGCGGGCUGCGGGCCGCGGUGGGGGUGCUGGGCGCGGAGCAUGCUGUCUCUCCUGGCCGGGGCCUCCGGGCCACUCCGCUCGCUGGGCCGCUCGUCGUUCUGUUCCCUGGCGCCGUGGUGGCGGGCGGCGGCGGCGGCGCUCUCCGCGCCGGUGAGCCGGGCCCAGCCGCUGUGGUGCGGGGCGGCCGCCCCCCGCACCCUGCUGGCCGUCCCGCCGCCGCCCGGGCUGCUGCCGCCGCUCUGCGCGGGGCUGAAGACGAAAACCUCGUUGAAGAGGCGCUGCAAGGACUGCUUCAUCGUCCGGCGGCGCGGCCGGCUGUACGUCUGCUGCAAGAGCAACCCCCGGCACAAGCAGCGGAAGCUCUAGCCCGGGCCGGGGGCGCCGCUGCGGGACCCGAGGGGAGAGAGCUGUUCGGUGUUCGCCUGUCGGGCCUGGAGGCCUGCUUUUUUCGUCCUUGCCACUGGGACCGCUCCCUCUUCCCUGGCAGCCCCGUGACUUCCGAGAGCUGAGUGCUGGGGACGCAAAGCGGUGCAGGUGACAAGUGUUUCAACGAAACACCAUCGUAGGGCAAGUUUAGUUCUUGCCGGCCCUUGCUGUAACUUCAGACAAGUUCUUCAUGCUGAGAACUGGAAUGGGAAGCUGCAGCUUUCAGGACCUCUUUGUCAGUCAUAAAGCCUUACUUAAAAACACCUCACUGUUAAGUUAGUAAGGGGAAAGCUGAAUCAUUGGACUCUUGAGAUGCGUUUGUAUUUGUUUAAAGCAAAAUGAAAAUAAACACUGAUGUUCAUUAUUACAAUA